UGUGACAGCAACAGCACAGAGGCAAUGUCCACUUGCCAGCUGACCUGAGAGUUAUUUCCACCCUACAAUGGACAUUUUCAUUUGAUACAAUCUUUUAAAAUCUGACAAAUAUGGAAGUCUGUCUUUGGAUUAUAUUUUUUAUGCUAUUUCCAGACUUAAAUAUGGGAUUGUUGUCUGACUACAAGAUCUGUGGGGAUCCAGAAUGUGAAAGUCCAAUGAGCAGAGUUCAGGCUGUAAAGAGCCAUGAAGGAAAGGAUUGCAGAUUCCUGAAUUUCAGACGAGGAGACAUAAUUUUUGUGUACCACAAACUGACGGGGAAACGAGAAGACCUCUGGGCAGGCAGUAUUGACAAACAAUUUGGCUACUUCCCAAAGGAUGCAGUACGAGAGGAGGAAGUAUUUGCAACAAUGAGGAAAGUGCUAGAGACCCAGGAAUCUGAUUUCUUCUGUAUGGAUGAGUCUGGAUAUCCUCUUGACACGACUCAUCUGGACACUGAUGAGGAUGAUCUUAACUUUCAAGACCAUGAACCCGAAUCCAGCCAGAUCAGCCCACACUCUCAUGACACAAAUGCUCAAGGUACUGUGGCGUCCACUGAAUCUACGGUAAAAGAAAGGGAAGAUGAAGGUGGAAACAAAGAGCUCAUCGAUGCAGCUGAACUUCUCGAAGACGAACUCAAGACUUCAGCAAUUCCAGAGCAACAAGGUGGGUCUCCCUCCUCCUCCUGGCUGCGUUCGUCUGUGACAGGAUGGUUAGGUUUUGCUAAAGAGGAGCAGUCAGGGGAUUCAGAACAAGAAGCAAGGGAAGAUGAGAAGGAGGAGACUAAAUCAGAAGCGUCACUCACAUCUUCUGUGACGGGCUGGCUGGGCUUUGGAGGAGAAGACAAACCUAACAGAGAUGAAGAUAGCAUGAAAGGUAGGGAAGAUACCUUUACCUCAACGAUGACUGGGUGGCUUGGCUUCGGUGAGGAGAAAAAAACUGUCGCUUUAGAUAACAAAGAAAAUGAAGAAACAGGUGAUGAGAAAGAGCCCACAGAGACGUUUAGGAGUAGGAGGAUGUCUCUGGACCUGGAAGGCAGCAAAUUACAGGAAGAGGAGAAGGAAGACAUGGGGACAAUGGGUUGGCUGGGCAGUGGGUUGGCAAGCAGGCUGGGGUUUGGCUCAAGUGGUCAGGAUUCAGAAGGAGAAGGUGUGGAAGUGCAGGAAGAGAAGCCAUCUAGUUCCUGGAUGGAGAUGGGAAUUGGGAGCAUUUGGGGCUUCGGGGGUAGUAACACUGGAGCUGAUGGAAGUAAAGAAAGUGGUAUUAGGGAGACAGACAGGGAUCAAAUGUUAGAACAACCAUCUGGAUUUGAAAACGUGGAUAUCAGCCAAUCAGAAGCUUCAUUUACUGAAGAAAUAAAGGCUGAAACUGUUCCUUACACACUACCGGUCGGUGCUGAACGUGGUGAUGCUGCAGAAGAUAAUAUUGAGCAUUCAAACACAGAGGAUGUAAAUAAUUUAGAUAUUGAUGCAGGGAUUUUCAACAAAGAUGAUUCAAUUCAUAACUCUUCCCAAGUAGACGAUGAAAAUAUCGGUGAACAUAAAAGGAGAGAUGAACAAAUCAGUCAAAAUGAUGGGUUUACUGAGCAACCUGAAAUCAGUUCAGGUCCUGACCACAGCUUAGAGGAAUUACAUUCAAACUCCAUGGAGCAACUUGAAGGUAGCAUGGAGGAAAGUGAAAACCAUGACGUUCAAAUCGAGGCUCCAGGAAGUUUGGAGGAGGAAGGCGCGGAAGUAACAAACCAAGUUCAUACAAUUGAAGGAUCCACUCUAAUGUCAGAAAACAGUCCAGUUAACAGGGAUAAUCAUAUAGAAGAGCAUUUUAAUGAGGUGACAGGACCAUCUCAACAGGAAAUACUAGGAGUUCAGUCUGAAUUGCUUGAGGAGACUCAAGUCAGUGGUGAUCAGGAGGAAAGCAGUGGUCAGAGUCAGCUUGGCUCUUCCUCUCUUCAGGGGGAGGUAGGACUGCAGCAAGAAACACAAACUAUGGAAGUCACCUCUAACAAUGAUGGACCGUUACUUUCUGGAAAUACUGAAAGUCUGCAUGACAGUGUCUCAGAGGAGGGUUUGAAUGAAACCAAACCAAACAUUUACACGACUAAAGAGUCUCCACAGAUUGCAAGAGACGGUGAUGUUGACCGAUUCAAAGAAACUGUAAAAGACCAGAAUGAAGAAACAGAGGAAGAGACAUCAGAUUCUGAGAACGAAGUUUUCAAUGGAAAUCAAAUGAAAUCAACAAUAGUUUCUGAAAGAGAAACCGAAGAGGGGUUAAAAGAAGAGGAAAAGGUAGAAAUUCAUAAACAGGAAGAGGUAGAGGUGCAAGAACAGAUCGAGGAAGUAAAACAAGAGGAACAGAAAAUGAAAUUGGAGGGCUUAAAUAAACAGGAAACAGAGAAGGAAGAAGAGAUAGGAGAUAUUUCUGAGAAGGACAUGGAGUUAAGAGAGGAAAGGCAGGAGGGGAUAGAGGAGCUAGAGAAACUGGUAAAGGAGUUACCAGAGCAUGGACAUCAGAUCAGAGAGGAAGAGUUAAAGGAAUCUGAGGAGCAAAAUGAAAAAGAGGAGAAGGCAGACUUUUCUUGGGAGCACUCAAGUCAGGAGGGGAUGGAGUUAGCAGAAGAAAGGGAAAAAGAGAUGGAGGAGGCAGAGGAGGGAGAGAAAAGCAUAGAGGAGCUACCAGAGCCUGGACAUCAGAUCAGAGUGGAAGAGUUAAGAGAAUUGGAGGAAGAAAAUGAAAGAGAAGAGAAGGUAGAUGUUUUUCUGGAGAGCUCAAAUCAAGAGGGGAUGGAGUUAGCAGAAGAAAGGCAGAAAGAGAUGGAGGAGUUAACAGAGGGAGAGAAAUGGACAACAGUGUUAGUAGAGCAUGGGGAAAUCCAGGUGGAAAGGUUAAAUGAAUCAGUGGAGCCAAAUGACACAGAGCAGGAGGAGGAGAUGUCAGACGUUUCUGAGGAGAGCUCAAGUCAGGAGGAGAUGGAGUUAACAGAAGAAAGGGAGACGGAGGCAAAGAAGCUAAAUGAGGAAGACAAACAGGUAGAGGAGUUACUAGAGCAUGGACACCAGAUCAGAGUGGAACAGUUAAAGGAAUUGGAGAAGCAAAAUGAAAAUAAGAUAGCAGAUGACUCUGGGGAAAUGAAGAUGGAGUUAAAAAAAGAUGAGCAGGAGGUAGAGGAGCUAAAAAACCAGCAAAUAGGGAAUGUGUCACUUGGGGAUGAGCAGGGCACACUGAAAAGGUUAGAGGAAUCUGAGGAGCAAAAUAAACAUGCAAACGAGGAAGUUGAAAACCAGGUUUGGGAGGGACAGUUAGAACACAAGCAGACUGACAUGCUGGAUAAUUCCAGCUUGGCUUCUUUGGUCUCUGAAACGAACACACAGACUGAAAUCCAAAAGGACGAGGAGCAGGAGGAGAAGGAAGUGGAGAAACAGAACAAAGAAGAGCUUGAGGAAGAAAAUGAGCACCCUACGAAGGAAGUGGAGGAUGAUAAUGUUGACGUAGGUGGGUUUGAGGAUGGAGAACGGACCAGAACGACGGUAAAUGAUGAUGACGACUGGAAGGAAGACAGACAAGACAAUGAUUUUGAAGAAGAAACCAGGAAAACCUAUGCUACAAAAACAGAAAAUGAACUUUACAAAGACAGAGAAGAAAUGCAUGACUCUGCUGAAAGUCAAGUUCAGACAGCUGAGCAAACUGAGUCCACAGAUCCACCUCAGGGAGCAGACAGUGAAAGUAGAGGAGCUUUUGGUCUUAUUAAAAACACUUUAGGAUUUUUCUCCCAAACACCCACCCCUGAGAUGUCCGAGUCCACCCAGUCUGUUCAUAAUGUCAACACAAAUGAAGCUGAGCCAUCACAGACUCACCCCUCCAUCACUCCAGAACUAGUGUCCCCCACAGAUUCAUUUCAUGCUGAAGUAACACACGCAGCAUUUCCCACAGAGCACCCGCAGGCCGAUCCUCCUUCUGCUGAAAAGCUCCCCCGCACCGCUCAUUUGGUCACCAAAGAACCAUCCAAAACAAAACUCCUCAGCAAACAUUACAAAAAUCUCCUCCGCCACUUGAACGCGGACGAGGCAGUUAUCUUAGAGGACCUCUUCGGCCGAUACAAACUGCAAUUUUUAGAUUACGUUUUGACAAGUUCAGAGGCCGCAACUGCAGAGGACGAUCAGUCAAUACUGUUGGAUAUAGAAAGACUUCUGCAACACAACAUGGAGACUCUUGUGGCUCCCAGCAUGAGCAUCACCGAUGCACUGCAGGAGGACAAACAAAGGACCAGUGCAAUUAUUGCACUGCAGAAGCUGGAAACGUUAUUGAAAACAGUGAAGGAGACUGUCAGCACAGGAAUAUCAGAUGUCAGUAAUCAUCAAGUUGAGCACAGUUCAAGCCAAGAAAAGGAAGAUAACUCCCAAUCUGCUUCUUUACAUAAAGAUGAUGAUGAUGGCAAAUAUAAAGACUGGAAUUAUGAGGAGGAGGAAAGAAGAGUUGAAGGAAGUAAAGAUAAUAUUGAAUCCCUCCAUCUCACUCAGCCAGGAUCAAAACAGAAAGGGGUAAUCAAGCAAACUCUGGAGUUGAUUCAACGGGUAGCUGAGGACUCCAUAAGUUGUGCUCAAGCAGUGAUGGAAAUCCUUGUUUGGAUUCAUGUGCAGGCCGUGUCACUACUGCCUGACGACAUGAGGCCAGGGCCAGACCUGUACGGUGUACCAUGGGAACCGGUAAUCUUCACUGGCCUGGUGGGACUGGUGACAUUCCUGUUGUUCACCAGUAGAUGUUACAGAUCUAUAAAGAGCAGACUGUAUCAAAAAAAGGAAGAGAGGCUGGCUGGACAACUUGCACAGCUGCUGGAUGAAAAGUGUAAAGUCCUCGAGACUCUCAGUCAGUGUCAAAAAGAGUAUGAUGACCUGGAGAAUUUACUCGGGGACGGCGGCGUUCUGGCUCAGACUCAAAAAUCCGAAGAUUUGGAGGGCCAAGCCGAACAGUUGGAACAGUCUAAAAAGCAGCUGGGGACAGAUCUUGGACAUCUGAAGGAGCAGCUGUCCCAGCAACAAGAACAUAGAAAGGAGCAAGAAAGGAGGAUAACUCUACUUGAGGAAAGCAUGAAAGCAUGCGAAGAAGAAACCAAAGAGCUCCAUUCAAAAGAGGAGCAGGCACAAACAACUCUGAAGGUUUACAGCAUGAACAGCGAGAGACUACAGAGAAACUUGGAAACGGCAGAAGAGGAGAACACUGUUCUGCAGGAGAGCAACAAUCAGUUGAAGCAGGAGGUGGAGGGAUGGGCGGAGAGAGUAAGCGAGCUGGAGGAGGAGAUGCGGAGGUGCGAGGUCGCCCACAGCGCGAUGUUGCAGGAUGUGGCCGUCAAGGACGAUCGCAUAACGUCCUUGACGGAUCGGCUGCUCCGAAUGAAAUGCUGGGAGUCGGAUCUAGAGGGAGAGGGAGGAGAAAAGGAGGCAACCAAUGGGACGCCGGGAGAAGACGACAACGCGCACCUGCAGAAAGUCCAGAAACUCAUCUUUGCUGCUAAGCUGAACGCAGACCUCAAAUCAGUGGAUGAAGAUAAAGACAGAGUGUUUGCGAAGCUGAAUGAUGAGAUCAAAGCAAAAGAAGACCUGCAGGUGAGCAUUGAGGAGAUGGAGAAGGAGAAGUUGUCCCUGCUGUCUGACGCCGAGAAUUAUACGGGCCAGAUCGAGCGGAUACAACAGAAACUGCAAAUCAUGACAGAAAUGUACCAGGAGAACGAGCUCAAGCUGCACAGAAUGCUGACUGUGGAGGAGAAGGAGCGUCACCAGAAGGAGGAGAAGUUGAAUAAAGCUGAUAAAAACAUUGCGAUGGCGAUGGAAGAACUGAAUAACUACAGAAAACGAGCAGAGGAGAUGGAAGAGGAGCUGGAGAAAACAAAACAGUCGUAUCAGACUCAAAUCUCUGCCCAUGAGAAGAAAGCUCAUAAUAACUGGUUGGCAGCGCGGUCAGCAGAGAGAGAGCUGGGAGACUUCCGAAGAGAGAACGCCCUCCUCAGACAAAAACUCACAGAUACUCAGUUUAAACUGGAUUCCCUCGAUAAAGACCCGUACGCCUUGAACAACCUGGCUAGACCGCUGCCUUUCCGAGCUGAAAGGUCGCCUUAUGGUCCUUCUCCUCUGGGCCGGCCCUCGUCUGAAACUAGACCUUUCCUCUCUCCUCCAAUAUUAAUGGAUGGGCUGCAUGGUAGGCUGUCUCCCAGAGUAUCUCGUGGUCCAGGGGAGCCCCCAAGUGGCCAAGCAGAGAUGGAGCGCAGUGGAGGUCCUCAUUCAGACAGCGGUUCAAACUCUCCCAUAUGGGAGAGAGAUCGCAGGGGUCCCCCGCCAGGACCUCCUGGGCCUCUGGUACCCCCAGGCUACAUGUUUCCAGAACCAGGAGGUCCCAUGUUCAGGAGGCCUCCUCCUCCUCCAGGGGCUUUGGGGCCUUUGCCUCCUUCUGGGCCCCUCCCACCUGGCCCUAUGCCACCUAGAGGUCUCCCCAUGGGACCGCCUCACCCUCUGGACAUGGCAGACGGCUCGUUCAGAGAAAACCGCCUUGGACCCGGCGAACAGGACCACAGAGAGUCUGGUCCUGGUAGUCGGAGGACUCCUCCUGGACUGGAUCUGAGGAUGGGUGGCCCUCCUCCAUCUGGACCCCCAGGGAUUCCUAUAGACGGCCCCUUUCCUCGUAGAGCCCCGUAUGGACCCCCUCCCCCUCCUGAUUUCUACCAUCCCAGGAUACCAGGGGGUCCUCCCAUGAGGCCCAUGUGGCCUCCCCAUCCACAAGGAAUGAUGCUUCCUCCUCGUUUUUCUCCUGGCGGACCUCUUCCUCCUGCUCCUAAUCCCAACGCCCCCUACGGCCCUCCCAUGACGCUACAUCCAACCGAUGACCUUCCUCCUCCUCCUCGUCAGCAGUCCCUGCCUUCGCCACCUCAAAACCAGUCACCAGAGAACAUCUAACGCCAUCUAACCCUGUCGGUUUCCAUGAGGAUCCAUUUCAGCUUCAGUAGCAGAUGGAAGAAAAGUGGAGUUCCCUUCUUUCUGCCCCAGCUAUUUAUUGGCCAGGAGGGAUAUUUACUGAAAGGUGUUGGUAGAGCAGAAACAUCAAUGUCCAUCAGGCUGAUUUGUUUCUGUAAGAGUCUCAGUUCUGUUUCUCCUACAUGUAAAACCUUUUCUUCUCCAUCCCGUCAUCCAACCACUUCAUUUUAAAAUCAACAGCUUUGUUGAUUUGUGGGGUGAAGCUGUCAUAUUGGCAAGACACAUUGUUACCUGGAUCUUAUGUUGAAAAUGCACAGACUGACAUUCGUCUACAAUUCAGGUCAAUGACGGAAAAAUAAAUGGACACAACUUAUUUUGACAGAAACACACUUUUUACGCCUGACAUGGUCACUUUUUCCCCCACACUAGUUUUUAAAAUGCACUUUUGUUUUGGCAUUUCUUACCAUUAACAUGAUUUUCUUUAAAACAGCCACGUCAGCAUACUUGAUCUUCCUCCUUAGAGGUCAAACGAGUAUGUUUUCUUAAAAUUCGCAAAAAAAUUCUGAGUUCCCUUUGAAAUUCAAUAGACUUUGCAUUCAUCUUCUGUCUUAGUUUCAAACCAGCAGAGCAGGUGUGCAGCGGUGCUUCUGAUGCCGUUACGGUGACUUACAAAUGAAAACUGACUCCAAUCAAGUUAAAUGGUCUGACUGGAAGAGAGGCUCCCAAAUGUCAGCUUUGUGAAUUUUGUAAAAAGUGAUUUGAUAGACAAAUAAAGACUUAAAACUUUCUCUGUCACUUAUGUAAUUAUGUAAAGCUUUUGUGCUCAUCUGCAGCAUAUUUCAAUGUAGUUCUUUUCAAAUUUUGUGUAGAUGAAAUGUUUAUUUAAAAACCUUACAUUUUAUAUUCAGGGCUUUUAAGUAUGUUAAUAUAUUUGAUAAUUUAAAACCCUUUGCAUAAUUCAAACCCAGUUUAGGAAAGGUUUGUACGCUGUAAAUGGAUAGACAAAUAUUUCAAUGAAAGAUGUCCGGUGUCUUCACAAAAUUUGUGCGCAUUUGAAACGAGUGCAGGACCUUAGAAAUUAGAAUAUAAUUCAAAAACGUAUUCAUUUUAGUAUUUCUCUAAUUGUGAAACUUAAGCAAAGUCAUUUCCAGAAUUUUUCAGUUAAUGUUUAUUGCUUAUAGCCAAGAAAAACCCAAAAUUCUGUUUAGCGUUUUAAAAUAUGUUAAUACAACUGCAGUCUCAUUUAAUAAAGGUGAAAACUGCCUGAACCUCCAAAGAUAAAACGCAGGAAAUCAGAGUCCAUUCUUAAGCUGCAUUCAAACUUAAGGAUGGAAAGUUGAGUGGAAGGAAAAUACAUUCAGAAGCACUAACAAAAAGGAAAUUAAGUAUAAACAGUCAAAGCAAUGCAUUUUCCUUAGUAUGUUAAUGAGAAAAAUGUACUUGACAUUCUAAUUGAUUGGAAACACCUGAUUUUUUGGGGGGAAAAAUGCUUUAAGAAAAUUACCUUUUAAAGAAAGGCAGUGUUAUGGCAAAUUCAUGCCAAACCAAUACGCAAAGGCUGAUGACCUGAAUUAUAUCAGACGUAAAUGUUUGAAAUAUUUCAGCCUGUCUGAGUUCUGCAGGAGCCUGCCAACGACCGGUUAAAAGCAGUGUGAUUUAAAGCUCUCCCUCUCAGCAAUUCCUGCCUCCUGUUUAAUAUUCUGUAAGCACAUUGGGAGCUCUAAUGUGGAAAACGUUAAUAUUUAAUUCAUAUGGGUGACGUAAUGACCUAUGAAAAUCCAAGGCUUGGCACUCUUGGUGUGGUAGGCCUGAGCUGAUCCGUCGAUGUGUUUUACUGCAAUCCUGAGUUUUCAGAUGCGGAAUAAACUUACAAAAACUUUUAUUUGUAAAACCCAUCAACAAAAGGGACACAACUGCACCUGAAAUGAACCAAUCUGCUAAAAAUACAAAAAAAAACAACAAAAAAAAAAAACACUGUCCUUGCUGAUCAGAUGGAAACUUGAAAGAUGUCAAAAAAAAAGGAAAGUUUCUAAUCAUGAAAAUAUUGGUAAAAACAAAAAGAGGUAGGAGGCAACAUUCUGCACUGCAAUAUGCUCUGCAGCACGUUAAAAAAAAAAAACCUGUUUUAAUUAUAAUUAUUCCUUGUAAACUAAAAGCUUUUUGAAGAGAAUCAUAUAACAUGGGUCAUAUGAUCAAGAUAAAAAA